CCAAACCCCCACCCCCACCACUAAACCAAAAACCAAGUGUUUUCCCCCCUCUUUCAUCCCCUCCCUGCACGAAGCUUGUGGAGGUGGAGCCAGCACAGCACAGCAAUGCUACCACUCUCCUACGCGCCACCGCUACCGCCGCCGCAGUCGCGACCGAACCCCAGCCCUAGCCACAAGCCCAAGCCCCAGCCGUGCGUGCUUCUCUUCCCUGCCGCCCUCCGAACGGCGGCCGCGGCGGCCGCCAUCUCCUUCUCCCUCCUCGCCGGCAACGCCGCGGCUGUGGCGGCGGUGGAGCAGCCCCCGGAGAUAUGCCGCGGCCAGGACGACGGGAGGGAGGUAGAGGUGAAGGCCGAGGCGGUGACGAACGAGCAGCUCGUGGAGGAGGCGUGGGAGGUGGUCAACGAGGGCUUCCUCCCCGACGCCGGCAGCCGCCCGUGGUCACCGGAGCUGUGGAUGCAACGGAAGCAAGAUAUUCUUCAAGGUUCAAUCAAAUCCCGCUCUAGAGCCCACGACAUCAUCACGAAAAUGCUAGCUAGCCUGGGUGAUCCAUAUACAAGAUUCCUGUCGUCCUCAGAUUUCUCGAAGAUGUCGAAGUAUGACAUGACGGGGAUUGGGUUGAACUUAAGAGAGAUUCCUGAUGACAAUGGUUCUUUAAGGUUGGUGGUAUUAGGAUUGAUACUAGAUGGGCCUGCUCACUCUGCUGGUGUUAGACAGGGUGAUGAGCUUUUGUCUGUCAAUGGUAUCGAUGUAAGAGGUAAAUCUGCAUUUGACGUGUCGUCCAUGCUGCAAGGCCCAAAGGAAACUUUUGUUACAAUUAAGGUUAAGCAUGACAGCUGUGGUCCUGUUGAGUCAAUGAAAGUGCAAAGGCAGAUUGCUGCUCGCACUCCAAUUUUCUAUCGUUUGGAGAAAAGAGACAAUGAGAAUUCAUCUGUCGGAUAUAUUCACAUUAAAGAAUUUAAUGCAGUGGCCAAAAAAGAUUUGGUCAGCGCACUGAAACGUCUACAAAAUUCAGGUGCCUCCUAUUUUGUUUUGGACCUGAGAGACAAUCUUGGUGGACUAGUGCAAGCUGGAAUAGAGAUUGCAAAGCUCUUCUUGAACAAAGGAGACACGGUCAUUUAUACUACUGGCCGGGAUCGUCAAGUCCAAAAUACAAUUGUUGCUGACAGUGGACCUUUGGUUACAACUCCUGUGAUGGUACUGGUGAAUAAUAGGACAGCAAGUGCCAGCGAAAUAGUCGCUUCAGCACUUCAUGACAAUUGCAAAGCUGUUCUUGUCGGUGAAAGGACUUUUGGCAAGGGCUUAAUCCAAUCAGUAUUUGAACUUCAUGAUGGUUCUGGUAUUGUCGUCACAGUUGGCAAAUAUGUCACGCCAAAUCACAAAGACAUCAAUGGAGAUGGAAUAGAACCAGACUACCGCCGUCUUCCUGAUCUCAAUGAAGCCAGAGAUUACCUUUCGCGUUGCCAAAGCAAGAAAUUAAGUUGAGGUGAAGUGCUUUAUUACAAAGCUUCUUACACAAUAAUUGCCCGUGCGUUGCAACGGGAGUAUAAACAUUCUAGCCCGUGACAGCAUGUCUACUAUAUUACAUUGAUGCGCUAAAAUCUUAGUAAGUUUUUGUAUGCAAUUGUCAUGAUUUACCUGCCAUCUUAUGGUUAAUCACUCAUUUGUUGUCUUACCAAAGAAAACAUGUUUUUAUUUUGGUAUAAGUUAAUAAAACAUGGGGCAAUUGAUUCUAUUUUAGGAAAAAACAAUGGGAGAAAAAUCAGAGAUGGGAGGAAAAAAUCAAGGAGAAGGGAAGAGGGGGGGCGUGUAUAUAAGGAAGGUUGGACGAAGAAGUAGAGAUAUCUCAAUUAAUUUCACAAAACAUUGUCUAAAAUAUUCUCAUGGGUAAAUCAUAGAGAUUCAUACACCGUCUGUUCAUAAUUUUUGGAGCCACGUGUGCUCACACUCGAACAGGUCCUACACUGCGAAGAAAUACUGGCCUGGUGUAUGAUUCUCCACUGGGUGUUUACGAUA